AUGAUACACAUAAUGAUACACAUCUGCACUUUACAGUUUAAACAAUGGCAGAUUUUUACCGAGCAAACAUCUCAACUGUGGAUACACUCAUUUUCAUUUCACUACAGAUCUACUUAAAAUUAUAGAGGUAGAUCUGUAGUGAGGUAGAUCUGUAUUACUUAUACCAAAUAUUUGCUAUUACGACCGUUUUGGGAUUUAAAUGAAAAAUAUUUUAAAAUGAAAAAUAUUUUCAGUUCUCAUUUACUUUAUGCAAGAGGUUUCACCAGCUUAUUUUGACUUGGGGACAAAUGUGACCUACGUGAGGUUCACCCCAUUAACAGUUCGCACUGCAGUAACACAGUAACAAGCUACGUCAUCGGACUUCCCUGCCAGUCGGGGGCGCUACUUAUAGGACAACGUGCUUAUCGUCACGACGAAAAAUGUCGAUAUUUAUUCAUGUUCCCCAACUCUUUAAUGUAAUAAACGCCAAGUGCCUGUUAUAUAUUUGGAUAGAGAACAGCACCCUCGUUUUGAAAAGGAUGCCGUCUGCCUAAACAGGGAGGGGUUUUAGAGAGGUGUUCUCACUGCAUAAGAAGGUGAUGUCGUAAAGUAGAAUGUCGUAAACCAGGUGCAGACUAGGGGCCGUUAUGGGGAGGGGUUAUGGAAGAGAGGGGGGCUCACUCCGCAAGGCUGCGUUUAGACAAAAAUCAUGGCGGAUGGCCCCAGGUGCCAGCGGAGAAAACAGACACAGCCACGACACAACAGCGUGAGGAGUUUAAGAAGCGUGCCGGAGGCGACCUCAGAUUCAGAUGAUGAAGACAAACUGCACAUUGUAGAGGAGGACAGUAUUCACGAUGAUCCCGGCCAAACGCCCUCAGUGUUCCAGCUCGAAGCUUCACAACAAGACACGGUCAGCCAAGACGAUGGCAGCCUGGGGCCAGAUGCUUUGAUACAAGAAAUAAGGGUCAAAGAGGAGUGUGUCACUGAUGAGGAGGAGGAUGAUGGUGCUGAUGUUGACGUGACCGCUGAGGAACAGCAGCAGGCAGAAAUGAAGGCCAUUUACCCAGAUACCCCAGAUGAGCAUCAGAGCACGCCAGAGAGAGGAGUCCACGAUGAGAACGGUACUCCCGACGCAUUUUCUCACCUGCACACCUGUCCGCACUGUUCCCGUGGUUACAAGCGUCAAACCUCUCUAAAAGAACACAUUAAACUCCGGCAUGAGAAGAGUGAGGACAACUACUGCUGUUCGCUGUGUAGCUACACUUUCACCUACCGCACACAGCUGGUCCGUCACAUGACCGCACACAAACACAUCCGGGAGCAGCGGAAUAUUUCUCAGUCAGGUGGAAACAGGAAGUUCAAAUGUACAGAAUGCUCCAAGGCCUUCAAAUAUAAACAUCACCUGAAAGAGCAUCUUCGCAUUCACAGUGGUGAAAAGCCGUAUGAGUGCUCGAAUUGUCAAAAGCGCUUUUCCCACUCGGGGUCCUACAGUUCUCACAUCAGCAGUAAGAAGUGCGCAAGCGUGACAUCCGCAGUCAACGGCUUGUCCCGCACACCAGGGGUAAAAACAACUCUGAUGCUCUCUCGCCCUACACCCAUCCUCCUGAGAGAGAAGGUGGAUGUUACAAACAAGCCUUUACAGGAGCAACUCCCCCUUAAGCAGAUCAAACAAGAGCCUGUUGAGCAUCAAACCAAACCUGUGUCAACAACGCCCACUACCACCAAUGGAGUUGUUCAGGUAUCAACCCCGCAAGGUGUUGUCCAGACCUUGGUGGUGCCCACUGUCGGACUAGUCCAGCCAAUCAGCAUCAACCUUAGUGACUUGCAAAACGCACUAAACGCUGCGAUGGACGGUAACGGCACUAGGCCAGUGUUGGUUAGCACCAACGUGAAUGGGACAAAUGCCAAAAUCAUAGGCCAAGUGCAGACGCCGGCGCAGCCGCAAGCUGUUCUGUUACAAACACAGCCACAGCAACAAGUGAUUUCUGCUUUCUCUGUGCCUCUUGUGGGCCAGGAUGGAAAUGCCAAAAUUAUUAUUAACUACAACCCCCAACUACACCCACAACUUAGAAAUGCAGCGAAAGCAAAAACAACACAGUCUGUUGUAGAGCAGUCAACUGUGACAAAGCCCGUUGAGGAACAAACUGAUACGGCACAGGUUAAAUAUACUGUAUCUGAUGUCGCACAGCCAACCGUGGCGCAGGGUCUUUUAACCCAGUCCAACGUGACUGAAACCCAAACAUCACUCAAUCCAAAACCUACACAGGUUAGUAUCGUUCGACCGAUCCAAGUCGGAAACUCCAGCAAACCUGCAUCCAUCAUCAAGAUAACACCUGCGCAGGCUGCCAGGUUGGUCCAGGCCCGCGCUGUGCAACCAAAGUUCACCCAGCAAACUCUUCUGCUGGUGAGAAGAGCUGAUGGGACGCAAAGCCUGGUGGUUCGUCAGGUUGCUGUUGCCAAUCCCAACACGCAGGGAACUCCAGCUGUGGAGACCAAAGCCACGGAGGUAACCUCAACCCCAGAAAAGCCUGUAAACAUGGUUAUAUCACCAGAAGAGAAAGAGACAACAGAAAAUACUUCCUUGGAAGAAGUCAGCAAGUUGGAAAACAUCAAAAUUAAAACCGAACCUGAAUCUCCGUCCAAACCUGAGACAGAGAUGGAGGCAGACGGAGAGAAGGACACACACACCGAUGGAAACAAAGAGGAAGGGAAACAAACAACGGUGGAAGAUAAGCUGACAGUCUCACAUUCUGGAACGGUUCACAGCGGUGUUGCCUGCGGAGAUAACUUCCAUAACUACGCAACUUGUCUGGUUUGCGAUAACAGCCCAGGCAAACGUAAUGGCAUCGACUGUCUGAACGGUGAAGCCAAAGGGUCGCCUACAACUAUCUCUCUCACCUCUCUACUCGAUAAGGAUAAAAGUGGAGCGGCAGAACGUCUCCUUCCUCUCCUGAAGGCCUAUAGUCAGAACCCUCAGCCGACGGAGGAGCAGCUGUCUCAGGUUGCAAAGAUAGUUAGACUUCCUUUAGAGGCGGUCAGCAAGUGGUACCAGAGGAUGCGUUCCAAGAGGAUACUGCUCCAGGGUGAAAAAAACCUGAAAAAAAAUCAAGAAAGAGCAUCAUGUGACUCAACUCAAGACACCUGCACUCCUGCUAAUCCCCCCGAUAACACCUCAACAGACGUCCUAAAUGGACUCCACAGCGCCACUCCUUCUCCUGUCCCUUCUCCGACCAGCGUGUCCACCGAAGAUCUUAAAGUCAUCGUAAAGACAGAAGACGUGGAAGAGGAGUUGCAGUCGGAGCCUCUAGACCUCUCGCUUCCUAAAUCCAGCCCCGCUCAGGCCAGCGUCACCACCAAGCUGCCAAUCUCCGCCCAAAAGGAACCGCUCAACCUCACCUGCCUCAAAAAACAAGAGUUUCUUGGCAACACCAUUUAUGUGGCGCAGACCAGCACGGGUCCGAUAAACAUCAUGGCGACGUCGUUGCAAACACUGGUUGCCAUAGCGGAGCCAGGCCACGGCCCGUGCAUCGGUGCUACGGUAUCUGGUAACAAGCGGACUAUCCUCAUCCCUCAGCUCACGUAUACAUACAACUCCAACGUGAAGACGACCGACAGCACCGCUGUGAACACGAAGGGGAUGGUGGUACUCAACAGUUGCCUGAAAGUAACGGAUGCAACGACUGACUCAGUGUCAGCGAAAGAGGACCAGAAUGAUGAAGCCUCGCCUGUCCAGAAGAAGAGGAAGAAGAUUUCCGGUGGCCUUUAUGCCUGCAAUCUGUGUGACAAGAUCUUCCAAAAGAGCAGUUCGCUGCUGCGACACAAGUAUGAGCACACAGGAAAGCGACCAUACGAGUGCGGCAUCUGUCAAAAGGCUUUUAAACACAAGCACCACCUGAUCGAGCAUACGCGACUACACUCCGGAGAGAAGCCGUACCAGUGUGACAAGUGUGGGAAACGGUUCUCUCACUCUGGGUCUUACUCUCAGCACAUGAACCACCGAUACUCCUACUGCAAGAAAGAGAGCAAUGAGCAUCCAGAACCGAACAGUACCCCCACGCCACCCUCUCAUCUCGACUCUGACGACAGAGAGAGCGAUGGGGAGGAGGAAGAGGAUUUAUCCGGUCUGGACAUGAGCGACAUCAGAGUGGUUCGAAUAGGGGAGGAAUACGAUGAGGAGGAGGAAAGUGGGGGAGAGGAAAAGCAGGGAAAUACGCAGGAAGAGACAGAGGAAGGAGAAACGGUGAUGGAGGUGGAGCUUCGAGAUAUUGGCACUCUGGAGGAGGAAGUGUGGGAAACUAUGGAAACGGAGGACGCUAUGGAAACUGAGGAAUCAAUGGAGGAAUCAGGCUACGGUGAAGGCGACCUAAAUCAUGAAGAAAAUGCAGAGGUGGCAACCGAAGAGGAACAAAAUGACUGAAGGAGUUGUCACGUAGGACAGGGUGACCUACUCAGCAUACAUACAAUCCCCGGGUUGCCAUGGAAACUGUCUCAGCUCUUUACUGUGUAUAAAGCCCAGGUGUGCCUGAUUCACAAACAAUAUGUUCCUUGUUUUAAAGAAAUAUUAAGCUUUAACAAGGAAAAAGAGGAAAAAAAAGUCCAACGCAACUAGACUUCUUGGGACUUUGAAGUUUGUUGUUUGCUUGGUUGUGUUACUGAAUCUCCCCGGUGUGUCGAUUUAUCAGUGUUCAUGUUUUUCUUUUUUCCGGUUUUAUUCUCUGUACAGUCAGAUUUCUAUACCUUUUAUACUUGCCAAUGAAGUUUACGAAAUCAGUAUUUUAAAAGUUUUGAGAAACAAAACUAAAUUCCGCACUGCAGGUAUAACCGGUUUACUCACAGGUGUGAAUCUCACAAGAACUUUCAAGAAACAUAUUUUACCCCCAAAACUAAAGAAAUUGUAAAUUCAACAAAUUCAGCCUGUUAUAAGGACUGUUAUUUUUUGUUUUUGCAAUGUAACACAUUCAUGACAGUUAACAAUCCAAUUGUAAAGUACAUCUGUAAGUAUACAUCAAGUAUUUGUUGUCCUAAUGCAGAUUAUUUUAUUAAUGUAUUAUUUUAAUUACUGUAUUAAUGCAAAGGGUGUUAUAGGAUGAUGAUUUUCAUCCAUAUUACAGAAAUGAAAAUUUGGAGUAUUAGGGAAACAAGCUUAAUUGUUAUGAAAAUUGUCACAAUGCAAAAUAUCUGCUGUAACGUUUUCACUUCUUUUUCUCUUUAUUUUGGGGUGAAAUGUGACCCGGUCAUUUCUGUGUGAGAUUCACCAACAUGCCUCAAGUUUAAGAUACCAUUCAGUAUUUUUACCUUGUUAAAA